AUGGUUUUCCUUCCCACUGCUUCUGGUGACGCCACACAAGCCACUGCUUCUGGUGACGCCACACAUGCCACUGCUUCUGGUGACGCCACAUAUGCCACUGCUGCUCGUGACGCCACACAAGCCACUGCUUCUGGUGACGCCACACAAGCCACUGCUUCUGGUGACGCCACAUAUGCCACUGCUGCUUGUGACGCCACACAAGCCACUGCUGCUGGUGACGCCACACAUGCCACUGCUUCUGGUGGCGCCACACAAGCCACUACUUCUGGUGACGCCUCAUAUGCCACUGCUUCUGGUGACGCCACACAUGCCACUACUUAUCGUGACGCUGCACAUGCCACUGCUGCUGGUGACGCCACAUAUGCCACUGCUGCUGGUGACGCCACAUAUGCCACUGCUGCUGGUGACGCCACACAUGCCACUGCUUCUGGUGACGCCACAUAUGCCACAGCUUCUCAUAUUGGAACCCAGGAAAGUUCUCCAUUUUCCGAAAAAAAACGAGAGAAAAACGAUUGA